CCCAUCAAAGCUGGCUUUCCAUUAAUAAAUCAAACUUUUACACUCUGUCUGUGUGUGGUUUGUUUAGCCCAAAUAUAAACACACACACCAAACACACACCCACAAAUUGCUUGAGUCCACAAAUUUGCCAGUCUAGCUCAAACGGCAAUCGUAGGGCGUACACUGUAAAGUAAUUCCCGAACCGAAAUGGCCUGCCGCUCAGUUUCCUAUUCUGAAUUUUACGCAAAUGCUCCGACAGCUCGAAAUAUCCAGUUGCGUGCCCAAAAAGUGGCCAGCGAGUUGCUGUCCAACAAGCAAAUGGUGGAGGAGAAGUUGCCCAAAUAUCGGGUGCCCAACUACAAGGAGUUCCGGAAAGCGAUGCGAUCCAUAGGCGAUGUCAAGCAUUCGGACAUCAAUGUGACGACCUUCAAGAGUAUGGUCGAGAUGCGACAGGCCCAGCUCGAUCACAAGCGCCUCAAGUCCGUGAAGUCGUACGGGCAUUCGCUGGAGUGGAAACCCAACGACCGAAGCCACUUAUUGUAUCGCACCCAACUUUGUAAGGAUCUGCAACAAAAACAGCAUAUUUUACGGAAUAACCUUUCGCUUCUUGGGAACAUCAACAAGAUUCAGCGCUUGAAUGGAAAUGUGAACUGUUUUAACCGCACAUUUCCCGCUACUGACAAGAACUCUCGGAAGAUCCGGGACUUGGCGGAUCGUCUGAGCCAGGAAAACAGGCAGUUGGGCUGUCGUCUGUCCCAGGUGAAGUCAAUGGUCGAUUCUCACAAUCCGUGGGCGGCGCCCCUGAAGCCCAUUCAACAGAAGGCCUCUGAGGAGACGGUGGCCAGGUUUAGGCCCUACUUGCCAUCGCCCCGGCUGGGGAAGCGGAACUCUCAGAUCCUGCUCCGGCCCAUAGUGUACUUCGAUGUAACAGUGCGGGAGGACGACCAAUUCUUGGGCAGGGUGUGUCUCAAGCUGUAUACAGAGAUUAGCCCCGAGGUGGUGUUGGAGUUUGUGCGUCUGGCCACGCACAACGAUGUGCAGAGUCACAGGGUGUUGCGGAUCUUCCCCGACCUCUGGAUGGAGGGUGAGAUCAGCCCAGAUCCCCCUGAUGCGCUGAAGGAACACCACAGCGUGAAGCAUUCAUUUGUGGACCACAGCAAGCUGACGGGGAUACUCUCAUAUCCGUGGGACUAUCGCCGCCACUUUCCCCAGGGUCUGCUCAACUACACCAUCAGCUUCAAGCCUCUGGCGGUGGAGCCCUUGCAGAGGGUCGUCUUCGGGAGGGUUUGCAGUGGUAUGAGGGUCUUGCAGAAUUGCCGUCAUUUUGGCACCAAGAAUGGCAGGACAAAAAAAACUGUGGUUGUGACCCGGUGCGGACUGCUCUAAUGGGAAUACACAUCCUUCAUCGCGCUCCCACCUUUCCGCUCAUUAUGCUUCUGGAUUAACAUAAACCCAAUGAAGGGUCCCCCGAAUCAACAAGAAAAAAUUUUAGUACACUUUGGUGGUCCAAUGCAGCAGAAAGUUUUUACUCCAGCAAUAUGCAAAUAAAAUUAUGAAGUAAGCUAGUAA